AUGUUUGGAGGUGGUGAGGAAUACUUUCGCGAGCCCCCAUCGAUAGAUCGUGACACCCUGCGGCGAUUUGCGUUGUUUUGUGCGCGUCUCCGUGCGGCAGAAAAACCGGGCAAGAAAACGGUUGCGGAGAGCGCGGAGUUGGCGCGCGGGGUUGGCGACAAUGAAAUGGCCUUUGAGCUUGUCGUUGGUGCCCUUUUUCGCCACAUCAAGUCAUGGACUGGAAACAAGCAGCUGGCGUGUUGGUACAUCCUGGAUAAGCUAUGUAAGGAGGACCGUGACAAGUACGGAUACACGGCAAGCAAAUAUAUUCUUGAAAUUGGUCGAGACUAUAUCCCCUACGAGGAUCCCGUGCUUGGUCCCAAAUAUGAGAGUCUCGUGGAGCACUGGGAGGGCGUUUUUCCAAUUCACGUCGUGGAUGCCCUCUGGUUGGCAAAGAAGGACCGUUUAUGGGCCAUUGAACACCCCAACGAGGUACUGCAACAAAAGGAAGAAGAAGAGCGACAAUGGAAGCUGGAGGAGAUGGCUAUGGAAGAUGAAGAUGGCCUGAACGAUUACGGGCAGCCCUGCAUGGAUUAUCUGCAGGGUCGAUGUUUUUGGGGCGAUGCCUGUCGGUUGUACCAUCCUCCGGGGGAGGAGGGAACAAUGCCGCUCGAAUGCCGCCUGGGAGACUGGAAAUGCUCAUCAUGUGGUGCCAUCAAUCGCCACUUUCAGCGACGUUGCUCGAGCUGUGUGCGAGAGAAGCCGCAAUACAAGAAGGGGAGAAAGCCAACAGCAGAGGAAGCGCUGUUGUCGUCGCCCGACCCAAAUGUUUACGCUGUACUCCGGCGUCAAUUUGGUUAUGACCCCAACGUUGUGGAAGAGGCGGUGGCCCACUGGAAAACCCGCUUGGAGACCACAUCCAUUGAAGAAUACAAGGAAGAGCGACGCGCGGCCUAUCGCAUGCGCAUUCUUGGAAGGGCACCGACGUCAAAAUUGGAGGAAAGUAUACGAUUGCAAAAGAAUUAUCCCGAUAUUGAUAUUGGGUUGCCUGAGGAUGUCGUUGAUCCCUGUGCCGCUCCUGGAAGAAUGGAAAAUGAAUCUUUGCUUCCUGCUGGCACUUCCCCGGUGAGCGCUGUAGGACUUCUUGCCCAAACGAUCGUUGAGCGUGGGGCUCGCGAUCCAAAAUUGCCGCAACUUUUAUUCGAACUUGCCCACCAGGUGAAGCAAGUUGCAAGAGAUAGUGGGAUAAAGCUUUCAUUGACACAAUGCGAGACACUGAUGACGGCCUGCAAGAUCGUGUUUUCUGCUUGGGGCGCCGAUCGCGGUGCCACGCCGUUUGUCCCACUGUUCUUCAAGGAAUUGCGUCACACGGAGGAUGGGUUGGGUUUGUCAACAGAACAGCAGGAACAUCUGACCUCCAUAACGAAAGAAUUCUGUACGCAUUGA